CUUCAUCUCAAAUCUGUCGUCUGGUUGUGGUCGGGGAUGGCAUGUAUCUUGAUUAAGGAUUGAUCUCAUCGUCAUCGUUACUGUGCCCCACCCUCUCCCUAUCGCGCCGAAGGGUUACUAUCAUCAACGUCGCGGCCAAGUGCCGCUUUAGUUCGGACAACCAUGGCCUUCCAAGUCCCCUUCCCCAAGCCGGGUCUUGCGGCCGUGACCUCAGAUCUGUGGCCGUCAAUGACACGGUUGUUUAAUGCGCCCCGGAAUAACGUCGAACACGCCUCCCGCUCCGGAUAUGCCGCCCCUCAGCCCUCCCAACGCGCGGUUGCGGAAGCAACCUCCACGGGAUCAAGUGGUGUGCAGCUGCCGGAGUUCCUGGCUACUGUGUCUUCCGAGGCGUUGAAGGCAAGCAUCUUGAGCAAGACCACUCAAAGCGGAUGGUCUCGCUCCUUGCUCAAUGGAACCACAAUGUGGACCUCGCCGUCUCUUGCUACCCGUCAUCUUGCCUCUCCCUCUGCUCGUUCCUACUCCACGAUAUCCAUGUCCGUCAUCCGUCUUCGCCACGCCCCCCAAGUACAAGGUCUCUCCCGGUUACAGCAACAGCGUUUUCUGUUUGGUGGUUCUUCUCACAAUCUGUUGGCACAGAAGGAGAAGACUGCCAACAACAACCCUAGCAGCGCAAACGCUCAGAAUGCUUUCUACCAGGCCCUCCUCCGUGCAAACCACCCUGCCAUUGUCGUUGAACGGUACAAAAGCGGCCAUUUUGCCACGAAUGCGGCUACGGAUGAACUCUACAUGAAAGCCCUGCAACGCGUUGGCGGCGUGGACUCUGCGGUAGCGGUCCCUGCGUCCGGCCAGGCCGUCAGCCCCGAGCGGCUGCAAGCCAUCGGUCAGGCCGUCGCAACUCAGUUUCACGGUGGACAAUUCGGUUCUUCUACCCACUACGGUUCAGCAGUCAAGCAGACUGGCACUGGAAACAAGGAAGAUCCUCUGCACGUGGUUGUGGAGGAGUCAACCGGAAGUGCUGUCUUCAGAUGGGUCAAGUUCCUGUUCUAUUUCGCCUUCUUCGCUUAUCUGUCUCUGGUUAUGAUCACAAUCUUGGUUGAAACGACUGGUGCCCUGAAGAACAUCAGGGGCCCGCAGAACAGCGAAGCUCAGCCUCAGCAGCAGACUGUCCGUUUCAGUGAUGUGCAUGGCUGCGAUGAAGCCAAGGAAGAACUUCAGGAACUCGUCGAAUUUCUCACUAACCCCGAUCGCUUCUCCUCGCUUGGUGGCAAGCUGCCCAAGGGUGUUCUCCUGGUUGGUCCUCCUGGUACCGGAAAGACUUUGCUGGCUCGUGCUGUUGCAGGAGAGGCUGGUGUACCUUUCUUCUACAUGUCCGGCUCUGAAUUCGAUGAGGUCUACGUGGGUGUCGGCGCCAAGCGCGUUCGUGAAUUGUUCACUCAAGCCCGCAGCAAGUCCCCCGCCAUCAUCUUUAUUGAUGAGUUGGAUGCUAUUGGUGCCAAGAGGAACGAGAGGGAUGCCGCCUACGUGAAGCAAACCUUGAAUCAACUGCUUACUGAACUCGAUGGCUUCUCCCAAAGCAGCGGAGUGAUCAUCAUCGCCGCAACCAACUACCCCCAACUCUUGGAUAAGGCUCUCACGCGUCCUGGUCGCUUUGAUCGCAAGGUGACUGUUGGUCUUCCCGACGUCCGUGGUCGUAUGGAUAUUCUCCGACACCACAUGAAGGAAGUCCAGGUCAGCAUGGAUGUUGAUGUUGGUGUCAUUGCUCGUGGUACCCCCGGUUUCUCUGGUGCCGACUUGGAGAACCUUGUUAACCAAGCUGCCAUCUAUGCCAGCCGUAACAAGCAAACCAAGGUUGGCCCGAAGGACUUCGACUGGGCUAAGGACAAGAUCAUGAUGGGUGCUGAGGCUCGCAGCCGUAUCAUUCAGGACAAGGACAAAAUCCUCACUGCCUACCACGAGGCCGGUCACGCUCUCGUUGCUUACUUCUCUCCUUCCUCUACGCCUUUGUACAAGAUCACCAUUGUUCCUCGAGGCAUGGCCUUGGGUGUGACUCACUUCCUGCCUGAGAUGGACAUGGUCUCGAGAAAUUACACUGAAUACCUUUCGGAUAUCGACGUCUCCAUGGGCGGUAAGGCUGCCGAGGAGCUCGUUUUCGGCCCCGACAAGGUGACCAGUGGAAUAUCUGCGGACAUUCAACAAGCCACUGAAACCGCCUUUACCUUGGUCACCCGUUUCGGCUACUCCAAGAAGCUCGGAAACGUGGACCUGUCGAGCAACUAUGACAGCCUCUCAUCGGAAACGAAGCAGGAGAUUGAAUCCGAAGUCCGUCGUUUAGUCGAGGAGGGUCGUGCCCGCGCUAGCAACAUUCUGACUGAGAAGCGGGAGGAGCUGGAGCUCUUGACCAAGGCUUUGAUUGAAUACGAGACACUGACAAAGGAGGAGAUGGAGAAGGUUCUGCGAGGCGAAAAGCUCGACAAGUUGCAAUCAGCUCCCGCGGCGCCGCUGAAAUUGCCCGAAGCCCUACAGACGGCCCGGCUACCACCUACAGUGACCAGCGGAAAUUCCGUCCAGGAAUAAGCGAUCUUUUGCCUCUGAUUCUCCCCCUUUUUUUUUACGAUCAUCGCCUGUUACAGCUACAAUAUCAUAGGAAUGUUUUGAUAUGCACCGCCUUCUUUGCUCUUAUCCUUCCUCGUCCUCAUGUGUCAUACGUAUCGAGAAACAACCCAAUACCAUCUUCAACCUAUCUCUUUUUUUACCUCAUUGAUACGGUGGUCUUGAGAUCAUGACCAUCACCUCAACAAACGCUCUGGUCUCUUCUCGUUUCUCUUUUCCCAUUCUGACUUCCUUCUCGGCCCUUGUAUUCACCGUGACUGUCCGUUUGCGUCUACCUUACCGUUUCUCCUCAUCUCUUUUCUUGUUUAAUCUCAAUGCUUUGGUUCAAAGACUGGGUGGCAGGCAUACAGGUGAAUUUGGCACUAUUGUAUUAUUUACAUACGUACAUAUAGCGUGCAUCGAAUUCAAUACG